AUGCCAGCUUCCCAGUUGAAGCGCUUGAAGGCCUCUCUCCGGGAGCAAGGCGUGACUGGCCCGCAGAAGUCCAAGAAGCAGAAGAAACAGCAUUCCUCCCAAAAAGCUACAUCCGAUCGCAACCACCGCAAUGCAGCUCUCCAGCAGAUUCGCGAUUCUUUCAAUCCUUUCGAGCUCAAGGCAACCAAAUCUCGACCGGAAAAAUUUCAAUCAGCUUCUUCAAAUGGCGCCGGAAAGUACAAAGAGGUCUUGCACAGACCGGGUGUUACCAAAAGCGCUGGAGAAGAGAUGAGGAGGAAUACCCUGCUGCCCGAGAUGAGAAGACGUAACAAGGUCGGUGGCGUCAUUGACAGGAGAAUUGGAGAGGGCGACGUGGACAUGACUCCUGAGGAUCGGGCUGUUCAGCGGUUUGCGCGCGAGAAAGAGCGGAAAGCGAAGGGCAGAAGUAUGUUCGAUCUAGAAGCAAGUGACGAGGAGGGUCCCGAUGAUUUCGGUCUUACCCAUGGAGGACGAAGACUGGACGAUUUGGAGGCAGACGACUUCGGCGAGAUGUCGGGCGGCGAUGAGAGUGAAGAUGAUGGUGGACUGCUGAAGCGUAAGAGGAGCCGGUCAGAUAUUGACGAGGAAGACGAUGGCGUUGGUGCCGAAGAAUAUGAUAGGAACGAUCAGCCGGAGCGGAAGAAGACCAAGAAAGAGGUCAUGCAAGAAGUCAUCGCCAAGUCGAAGCUGCACAAGUACGAGAGACAGAAGGCGAAAGAAGACGAUGACGAUUUGCGUAUGGAGCUGGAUCAGGACUUUGGCGAAAUCCUGAGUAUGUUGCAAAAUGCCAAACGACCUCCGCCUGCUCCGAAAACUGAGACCGCUCCCACCACGGACGGAGCUGGACCUUCAAUCAACCCUGACCGGCAAAGACUGCUUGACGGCAUGGAUCGCAGCAAAGUGGACAAAGAGUACGACGUGCGACUGAAACAGCUCGCAAAUGACGCUCGUGCGAAACCUGCAGAGCGGACAAAGACUGCUGAGGAAAAAGCGCAGGAAGAAGCUAAGCGGUUACAAGCGCUGGAAGAAAAGCGGCAGAAGCGAAUGCGCGGCGAAGAUGUCUCUGAUGACGAGGCACCUAACGAUGGUGCAGAGCCGGGUGCGGAUGAGGACAUUAUGGACCAAGCUGCAGAGUUCGGUUUAACGAAUUCGAAGCCGAACGCAAAGCCGAAGACCGAGCAGCUGGUUCUAGAUGAUGAGGACGAAUUUGCUCUGGAUGAAGAACUGGUGGCCAGCGAAGAUGAGAUUGAGGACGUAGAGCUCAGUGAAGAUGAAGCUAGCGACAGCGACGAAGACGGCGAGGACGCUGGCGGCACCCAUGCGCCCCCGGAGAACGAAGAGGAUGAAUUCGUGAAAGACAUACUUGGCGAAGAUGUUGCCGCUGCUUCCACAGGAGCCAACAAUACGACCCUGGGUGAACGAGGUGCCGCCUCCAAAUUGGCCUACACUUAUCCUUGCCCUCGAUCUCAUGCAGAACUUUUGGAAUUUGUUCGCGAUGUUCCAGUGGAACAGCUGCCGACUAUUGUUCAACGCAUACGAGCGUUGUAUCAUCCGUCUCUGUCGACCACAAACAAGGAGUCCAUGGCCGACUUCUCCUGCUCUCUGGUAGAUCAUCUUGGAUAUAUGGGCGACGAGAAACAAUCCAUUGCUGUUUCUGAGCAGAUCAUUCGGCAUUUACACUCCCUGUCCAGAACGUAUCCCACCCAGAUUGGUGAACAGUUCCGCAGGCGUCUUACUCUCUUCCACGAACGCGGAAAGGCCAACGCAGGAGACCUGAUCAUUCUUACUGCGAUCGGAUCGAUUUACCCCACAAGUGACCAUUGGCAUCAAGUCGUUACACCAGCGACUACUUUGAUGGCACGCUGGCUUGGUCUUAAUGCGCCCUCGGCGACCAAAGUCGUGGAAGAUGCGGAUCUGGCUGCUGGGGCCUUCUUUGUCGGCUUGUGCAUCAAAUACCAAAGUCUGAGCAAGCGAUACCUUCCAGAGGCUAUGCGCUUCACCCUGCGUGUUUUGUCUUGUAAAGACCUAGAAAAGUCAAGACUGACACCACAUUUGUCCAACCUCAGGGCCAUGGCCGAGCUAUGGAAAGACAAAUCGGCAUUUACUGAGAUCUUCACACCAGCCCUUCCUAUCCUCAAAUCCCUUCCAGCGAAGAAGGAACACCAGAGUCUCACCAUCUUACUCCAACAAGCUCGUCUCCGCCGGCGCCCUCUCGAACUCCAUCAUCACCGCAAGCUUCCCAUUCGCACCAGCGUGCCUAAGUUCGAGGAGAAUUUCAACCCAGAGAAACACUACGACCCGGACAAGGAACGCAGCGAUGCGAAGAAACUCCAGAACGAAUUCAAGAGGGAGAAGAAGGGUGCUCUGCGCGAAUUGCGGAAAGAUGCGAAUUUCAUUGCGAGGGAACAGUUGCGCGAGAAGAGGGAGAGGGACGCGGAGCACGAGAAGAAGGAGAGGAGACUUAUUGCGGAGAUUAACGCGGAAGAGGGCCGGGAGGCGAAUGAGUAUGGGCGAGAAGUUGCGAAGAGGCAGAGGAUGAAGAAGAAGUAG